AUGCCUGAUCUUAUUAAUAAAGCUACUCACUUGAAGCAGAAUGCUCACAAGGCCAAGAGCUUUGCACGUAAGGUGCAACGCCGUCGUGCCCAAGCUGCUCGUGCUUCUCAGCUUUCUGCAACUGUAAAGCCUUCGUCCAAGGGAUCUUCGACUGCUCUUGUUGUUCGCACUACGACUUCAGUUGCAACUGGUCUUUCUUCCAAAACUAUUUCUAAGAAAAAGCAGAUUAAGCGUGAUCGCAAUGCAAGAUACCAGAACAAGGCUGCGGCCGCUGUGGCCGCUGCGAUCCACGCCGAGCUUUCUGGAGAAAUGCAAAUUGAUGGCGAACAGCAGGAAAUGUCAUCGACCCAGCGUAAGGCUAAGGCCCGCAGAGAGGCAAACGCACGUGCCAGAGAACAAGCACUUGCUUUGGCAGCUGUGCUUGCUGGUGAUAACUCAGCAGCUGUACUAGAAGGCGAGAUGGAGAUUGAAACAAACGGUAGUGGUACUACGUUAGGACGACCCCGUCAAUUUUAA